CCUGUCUCUCUGCUGUGUAUGGCUGUAGCUCAGUCCUGUCUCUCUGCUGUGUAUGGCUGUAGCUCAGUCCUGUCUCUCUGCUGUGUACGGCUGUAGCUCAGUCUUCAUCCAAGAUUCCUGAAUACAAAGGAACUCCACUACAGCCUUCCAACUACUCUACUAUAGAAUGUAAACACACAGUACAGUACCUGUCCAUACCUGUGUUUAGGACAGAAACUCAGAUAGAGACAAAUGUUGUGCCUGAAAUAGCACCCUAUUUCUUAUAGUGCACUAUUUUGGGGCCCAGGGCCUGGUCAAAAGUAGUGCACUUAUGUAGGGAUUAUGAUGCAAAAUAGACUUCACCCGUGGGACCAUAACAGCAGUAGUAGUAAUAUCUCAGAGUUGAUGUUUCUGUCACCCAUGACCAUCAGUCUCUGAUGACCUCUUAAAGGGAAUGGGCUUUACUUAAAGGGUAAUAGACUGUGACAUGAAGUGUAACUACCAUAACCCCACUGCAUCUGCUCUUUUGAGCUUUUUGUUUGAUCAUAUUUCCCAUACACAUGAUCUCUUCAAUGGCUAAUUGAUCUUAACUGGCAGAACCUGUUACACAGUUAUAUUUAGUUGUGCAAGCAUAAUUUCUUCACAUUUACUCAGAUGCCAUAUACUGUAUAUGCGUGUCACUUGAUAAAUGGUUAAUGGAGGGGUUCAAGUACUAACACAAGGCUUUUAGUUUGGUUAAGUGCUGAGAGCACGGAGGUAGUCCCAGACAUGAGUUAUUUUAGCAACCCUCCUCAAAGGCCUAGCCCUAUUCUCUACUCUCUGGUAUGGCAUACAGCUGUGGCACUGACUGGCUGUCGUGCUGUGUGCACGUGUACGGUCUGAUCGAUUUAGAGUCCCCGUGGAAACAAGGGAAUUCCCUGAAACGGUUAUUCAGGGUACAGAACAAAAAUAAUCACCAGCUCUAAGAAAACAUUCCUGCUCUUUAGAUCAAGAACAUCCAUCCCUCACUUCCUCCUCUCCUCUUUCCAUUAUUCCCUCCCUUCUUCCCCCAUCCUUCUUUCUUCACUCUGAAAUGUUAAUGUGUGGGUCAAGUGAGCUACUGUCGAAUGAAAUGAGAUGCUAUGCAUAUUGUAUUAGUCAGCUCCCCAUAGAUCAUCUUUUAUAUUCCAGAAAAUGAAUCUCUCUCUCUCUCUCCCCCAGUCUGAGUUUUCCAGUGCCGCCAUUCUCCACCAGGCCAGGAGAGACCAUGUAGCUGAGUCAUGUCGGGCCCAGAGUGCAUCCAGCCGCAAGCGCAGGGUCCUGACCCCCGGUGACCUCAAACACCUGGUGGUGGAUGAGGAGCAUGAGCUCAUCUACUGCUAUGUCCCCAAGGUGGCCUGCAGCAACUGGAAACGUGUCAUGAUGGUCCUCACGGGACGCGGCAAGUACAGUGACCCUAUGGAGAUCCCUUCCAACGAGGCCCACGUCCCGUCCAACCUGAAAUAUCUGAACCAGUACAGCAUCGCUGAAAUCAACCACCGCCUCAAGAGCUACCUCAAGUUCCUGUUCGUCCGGGAGCCCUUCGAGAGGCUCGUCUCCGCUUACCGCAACAAGUUCACCCUCAAGUACAACUCCUCCUUCCACCGCCGCUUCGGCACCAAGAUCGUCCGCCGCUACCGCAAGGACGCCACGCAGGAGGCGCUGCUCAACGGCGCCGACGUCAAGUUCCAGGAGUUCGCCGAGUAUCUUGUCGACCCGGCCACCCAACGCGACGGCCCGCUCAACGAGCACUGGCAGACGGUGUACCAGUUGUGCCACCCCUGUCACAUCCACUAUGACCUGGUGGGCAAGUACGAAACCCUGGAGGAAGACGCCAACUACGUUCUGCGGCUGGCGGGGGUGGGCGAGUCGCUGCGCUUCCCGACCUACGCCAAGUCCACCCGCACCACAGACAGCAUGACGGCCCAGUUCUUCAGCAACAUCAGCUCCCAGCAGCACAGCCAGCUCUUCCAGCUGUAUAAAUUGGACUUCCUCAUGUUCAACUAUUCCAUGCCAAGCUAUCUGCGACUGGACUAACGACUAGAGGACCAGGACAUGACUAGCCAGCUGGGACUCUGGGCACGAUCCACUUUUAUUAAGAGAAGAACAUAAGAACUGAGUGAAAGUGGAGAACAGAUAUUUUUGCAGAAGCUUUAUUCAAAAACUGUUGUCGCUGUUUCUGGGGGGUGAACAGGAAGGACUGAGGGGAAUGGGAGGAACAGAGAUUGAGGAAAGUUGUUGGAUCCGAUUUGACCUGAAAGAUUCUUGGUUAUCCAAUCAGCAUUGUCCUGAAGGUGAUAAAGGAGGAAGUGGAGAUCCUAUCGCAUCAGAAUGCAGGGUUCGGGUGGAGCUGAUGUCAGAGGUUUUCUAAGAGGGGACAUAGAGGAGAGAAGCAGGACUCCUGGAGAGUGAUCGAUAUGUGUUCUGUAUGUACAUGAGGUGGGACUCUUGACCAAUUAGUCUGCUAUGGAAUCUGCACAGCAAACGGUGGCCUCGCAUGCACGUGCCCUGGCCCCAAAGCAUCUUGGGAGCUGAGCUUAUUUUAUAACGAACAAUAGCGAAACUCCGUCAAAUUGUAAAACACAUCCAUGUCCUUCAGUGUGCUGUAUCCUGGGUGUGUUUGAUACGCCCACCAAUUAUACAUUUGAUAAGUAAACUGGCUCUUGGCUCCACCUUAAGCCCUCCUCAUUAUAGCUGGCUAUUGACUUUGCUUUAAAGACCUCUAGAACCAUUAGGCGUAAACAGUGGAGCUACAAUUUACAGCCAACUGCUCUAAAGUUGUAGCUAUGCUGUCAAGAUCGCCAUCGUCAUAGGUGAAAAACCUCCUGAAUCCUAAGGUUUGCCAGGUGAGGCCUCAGACUCCCAUAGCAGGAUCUGAAAAGGCGGCCAUUUUAGAAAGACACUGAGCACCCUCGAGGCUUUGAGCCACAGGAAGUGGUCAGAAGGAAUGAUUGACAGGUGUUAGGUGCCUCCCACUGACCCAGAGAGGAACUGUAGAAGAGAUGGCCCGUGUGGCCGUGAAAGGGUUUAAGGGACAGGAUCUCAUAAAUCCGCCCACACCACACCCCGAAACCAGGGCCAUAACCCUGCCUACGGGCAAUGCCCCCCCACCCCCCCCCACCCCACAACGAGCAAUGUCUCGGUUUUAAUGUCUGAUGAAAACUUUGCUGCGAGCAGCAAUAAAAAAUAUUAUUUAAAUUACUUUUACUGUCGGGGGUGGGUGGGGUGGAUGAGAGAGAGGAAGAUUUUAGCAGAUUAACAUUUUAGUUGAUUUAAAAAAAAAAAGAUUUUCAUCAAGAUUUGAAAAAAAAUGAGUUUUUCAUGUUUUUUGUCCUGAGUUGCCUCCGGUACACUGUUAAUGAUAACAUUUUAAUGGUCUUCCUUUUUCCCGAAGGGCGUACAAUACAAUAAAGUAAAGUCCAUGACUUUGGUUUCUCUGUGCAUGAGAGUUGGGACAUCCCAUGGGAUUGAGAGUUAUUCCCUCUCUCCCCCUUUGUCAACUGAGUCUGGUGCCAAAGGGUUGGAACACUGCCAAUGGCAGAAAGGGACAGUCAACUCAACUCUUAUCAGUACUUUUCGGGAAACAUCCAAUAAUUUACAAAACAUUUACAAUCCUGUGAUUGAAAUGAAACUAUAGCAUGAGAAACGUAUUCUACAUACAUAUCUACAUCUACAGUGCAGACUACUGCUCAGAAUCAGAAACAACAGCAGUGGUUGCCUUGAUAAUGAUCGAUAAUAGAACCGUCUACCUUUGAGUCUGGCGGUGAAAGUUAGGUCUGUGUCCGCCCUCCCCAGGUGAAAGUGCGCUGUAAUCAUUACUCUGUGUAGUCUAUGGGAUCACAGAGAGUUGUAUACACAGUGAAGGGGUGGGCGACGGAGGGAGAGAGAAGACAACUUAAUUAGCCAAGCUGGGAGGGAGGGAGUCCUCUUUAUUCUUUACACCCCUUUGUCAUUCUUCCUCCACUCAGACUUCAAAGAGGGAGGGACGUUUAUUGGGGAAGUUGUGUAUUUUUAUGUUGCUAGGUCUGAGCAGAAGUAACAGCAGCACAGAAGAAAUGAUCACUACUAUAUUCAUCUGUCCCUCUGACCGGUAGUUUAGACAGGCAUGGUGACUAAUGACAAGCUCACCUCAUUUUGUCAUUGCUUCUAAAAUAUUGGUGGCAGUUGUGUGUGUUUGCACGUGUGUCGUUAUAAUUAGCAACUGGUUUGGAGGAACAAGGCCCUUCACAUCUGGCUCUGAUAAAGAGGAAGGCUGCUGGUUUGGAGGAACAAGGCCCUUCACAUAGCACUCUGAUAAAGAGGAAGGCUACUGGUUUGGAGGAACAAGGCCCUUCACAUAGCGCUCUGAUAAAGAGGAAGGCUACUGGUUUGGAGGAACAAGGCCCUUCACAUAGCGCUCUGAUAAAGAGGAAGGCUACUGGUUUGGAGGAACAAGGCCCUUCACAUAGCGCUCUGAUAAAGAGGAAGGCUGCUGGUUUGGAGGAACAAGGCCCUUCACAUAGCGCUCUGAUAAAGAGGAAGGCUACUGGUUUGGAGGAACAAGGCCCUUCACAUAGCGCUCUGAUAAAGAGGAAGGCUAUUGGUUUGGAGGAACAAGGCCCUUCACAUAGCGCUCUGAUAAAGAGGAAGGCUACUGGUUUGGAGGAACAAGGCCCUUCACAUAGCGCUCUGAUAAAGAGGAAGGCUACUGGUUUGGAGGAACAAGGCCCUUCACAUAGCGCUCUGAUAAAGAGGAAGGCUACUGGUUUGGAGGAUCAAGGCCCUUCACAUAGUGCUCUGAUAAAGAGGAAGGCUAUUGGUUUGGAGGAACAAGGCCCUUCACAUAGCGCUCUGAUAAAGAGGAAGGCUACUGGUUUGGAGGAUCAAGGCCCUUCACAUAGCGCUCUGAUAAAGAGGAAGGCUACUGGUUUGGAGGAACAAGGCCCUUCACAUAGCGCUCUGAUAAAGAGGAAGGCUACUGGUUUGGAGGAUCAAGGCCCUUCACAUAGUGCUCUGAUAAAGAGGAAGGCUAUUGGUUUGGAGGAACAAGGCCCUUCACAUAGCGCUCUGAUAAAGAGGAAGGCUACUGGUUUGGAGGAUCAAGGCCCUUCACAUAGCGCUCUGAUAAAGAGGAAGGCUACUGGUUUGGAGGAACAAGGCCCUUCACAUAGCGCUCUGAUAAAGAGGAAGGCUAUUGGUUUGGCCUACAUCUCCGACCCCAUCCACUUACAGAAACAAGGGGAGCAUUUUGAGCUCUCCCUCCUCACACACACACACACACACACACACACACACACACACACACACACACACACACACACACACACACACACACACACACACGCUGAUGUUGAUGCCACGCAGCCUCUUACUCAGCAGCUGUACUCUAGUGAGGGUUGGUAAGUGAGGUACGGAGGGAGAGGGGGAUGGACAUUUAAAUACACCACACACUCAGCUUAUCUCUAACUGCCUAUUUAACCUCCAAAAUGAGACACUUUACUCAAAGGCUUCACAACUCUGCAAACAGUUAUGGAGUCCUCUCCUCUUUACUCCAACCUCUCUCUCAAAAUGGCCCCAUAUAAAAACAGAAGUGGGUUUUUGGACAGUGGCAGUGAUCUCUACCCUCACAACAGGAAAAGGACAGGCUUCUUAUACAAACAGAGCUGUUAAAAUCCCACAGAAGCCCAGCCUAACGAUCCCUGUGGAAAUACUGACCUGAUUCCCCAAAAUAUAUAUAUUCUCCAUUCUUAUUCCAUAUCCUAGCUCACUCUACCUAUAAAUCCACCUGAAUCCAAUUCUGACAUGUCCAUUUAGUGUUCUUGUGCUGUAUAAGUAUUUAUUGACAAGUGUACGGGUAUAUUUAUGUUGUUGGAGAACGACGUCUAUUGUUGGACUGAAUGACAUAUUUACUGUGUUGCUAAAUGCAGAAGCACAGGAAGUGCGCGCUCCUCUGCACAUACGUAAACAUAUCCACUCUGGGGCCGGGGUUUCUAGCCAGAGAUAAGCAAUUUUUUGUGAAUUAUGGUUUUAUCUUUCUGUCUAUGAGAUAUUCUUAUUCAAUCAGUCUCUGUGCAACAGUGAAAACCUCCCCAUACUGCCCAUGAAACUUCCUUUGUGCUACACAUAAAGGGGUCCCCAUGAUGUUUCCUGCUGUUAUGAAUUAGCCCUUUGGUACCAACUCACAGACCAUGAGGCGUUUCAGAAAUAUUGCCAACUGUUGAAAUCACUGGAAGGUGGUUAGUGCAGAUCUCCCACUCAAACUGCAUUGAAACCAAAGCCUGGAAUGGUAAUAGAGCUUUUUCCUUUUCUGUUGUAUUCCUCUUGUCAGCAACACUCCACAGCAGCUUCCACACUUUUCAUUGACCUCAUAGAAGUAUAACAUAUAGAUAGAACACAGUUUCUUAGAUAUGACCUGCAGCAUACGUGUGUUGAAUGGAACCAUGAUCAUUUUGUUUAUUUCAAUGAUUAUGUCCAAUCCAUUCUAUGGUUGCCUCCUACAUAGCCUAUAGUACAUGACCACAGGGCACUCCAGUCACCACAGACAGUACCUUUUUAUGCUGAAAUGAUCUGUGCCUUUUCAUUCCUCUCAUUGGAGCACUUUACUGUCAUCUGAUUGGUCAGUCCACAAACACACACUCUCCCUCUUCAAUUGUCAGGUGAAUGUUGUAAAACAGCAUCCCACACACUAACACAGAUCACCUGUAAAGAGACUCAUGUGACCACAUCAAGAGGAUUUGCAAAUAGAGGGUUUUUGAAAUGCUUGCUCUGCUCAGAUCUUCCCUCCUCUCCUAAGCCUUCAGAUACAGGAUGGUUUUCUGUGGCUCUGUGUUGCUCAGAGGUUGUACAUACACCCUUCAAAUCCACACUUCAACCCUCAGAUCUCUGUGUGCUAGUUUCAGUGUUCUCAUCCGUUGCCAGAUGGUGAGUGUGUGUUCACUUAAAUCAAUGUUGUUGAGGGUCUAGGCUGGUUACUCUGCUGUUAGAUACCAUGUCAUCGGCCGGCUUGUGUCAGAGAGGUCACUAUGUGCUGUACCAAUGAGUGUGUAUCUGAACUGUGUGUGUGUGUGUAUAUAUAUAUAUAUAUAUACACACUGCUCAAAAAAAUAAAGGGAACAC